AUGGGCAAAAGAGCACAUGGAGCUCCCGAGCCCUGGCGUUUCCAUCGCCCCGCAAGAGGCUCCAAGCGUGUUCAAGUACAGCGUCCUGCGGCUUCUGACUUGCGCCAUCCAGCAGCCAUCCCAGCAGCCAAACAGCAGCCAAACAGCGCCUCUAGUUCCUGGCAGGUGCUGCAGCCGCUGCUCAUUGGCCGCCAUGCCGCAGCCUCGCCCCGCCCAGCCUCUGCGCCGCGGCCUGUGACUGGCGGUGGGCUUCGCGCUGCUGCCCCCUCCACCGCUAGCAGCGCCCUCGCCCAGCUGUCAGUGGCCUGUCACGGCGCCCUGGGCUUCUGCCUCUCGCCCAUUGUCGCUGCUCAGGGGUCUGGUCCCCUAGGUCCACCUGCGGUUUUAGGGCCCUCAGCGCACCCUCCUCCACCGUCGCCUCCUGUCUAG